CUGCAUUUCUGUACAGGACAAUGACCUUGACCAAUAAUCGUCAUGCAACGAUUCUUGGUCGAGCCAGUGGAGCAGUUUGCCGGUGCUAAUACAAGAAUCAAGAAGCCUACAGAACUUGCCUACUUUUCCUACGACUCUGAACAUAAACUCAAGCCUCUGGACAAUGAAUCGUUGAGAUACUACUAUCCGCCAUUUUUCAGUUUUCCAGGCCAUCAAGAUAACAGGUUCCCUUUUGAAUUGUCAAAAGGAUAUGACACGUUUCGGCAGAGAGAUGACAGUGGCGAUGAGCAUCUAGAUGGUCUCUUGGAUACUCUUGUCGAAGCUGAAACACGCAAUGGCAAGAAGACGGAAGUUGACAUUGUGACGUGGAGGGGAAUGAUGACGAGGAUCUUGACUGCGCCGUACGAGCUGGAAGAUGGGUUUGAAAUGAAUGCGACAUGCUUCCAGGGCACUGUCUUCAUUGAGGAGAACCAUGCAUACAAGACCGCGUCGAAAGAGGCACAGAAAGCCCGUUUCUCGCGGAAUAGAGGUCCACCACAAGAUAUGGCCAUGUAUUGGGGCUACAAAUUUGAGACAUUGUCGCUCUUGAACAAACCAUGGGGUGAAACAAGCAGAGAAGAGAUUGAGGGUCGUGAAGAUGAAGUUGUUGACAAUUAUGCUCAAUACUGCAGCAUCUGCCGGACCGAGAUUGGCGGCACAUCCAUGGUCAUCGGAGGAGAAGUGGAUGGAGUACUCGGAUACAAGCCUGACGACCCACAAGCUCCCGCAAGAUGGGUAGAGCUGAAGACGUCAAAACAGCCAGAACAUGAACGCGAUCGAUGGGUUCUCGACAAGAAGCUUCUCAAGUUCUGGGCCCAAUCCUUCUUGCUAAACGUACCUAAGAUCGUGAUUGGCUUCCGUUCUCGGGACGGAAAACUGCUUAACAUUGAAGAGCUAAGCACACAGCAAAUACCUUCCAGGAUCCAAAGAGAAGGAACGUACAAAUGGAACGGAAACACUUGCAUCAACUUCACAAGCCAGUUCCUCGCUUUCCUCAAGCACACCAUUGUCGGCGAGGGUAUCUGGAGGAUUCGGCGCGAAGCGAAGAGUGCAGCGAUCGAGGUCUUUAAGGUCGAAGAGAGCGGUACAGGGAAGAUUCUCACGCAGAACUUCAUCGACCAUCGUAACAGCAUGUUCGCAGGAGCAGUGCCCGCGGCAUAGACUGUCCUUCGAUAGACGUGAACAGUAUUGUAUAAAAAGUUUCUCACCUGAACAUU